AUGAACGGCGACAUUCGCCAGCGAGGCGCCAAUGGCUCCCUUCCAGAGAUAGCCAACGGCGCGAUCGAGAAGCAUGCCAGUGGUCCAACCUUAGCUGGGAAGAACGACAUUGCCACGACGAACCAUGAGGAAGCAAAGUCAUCCUCGAACUUUGUCAACCUCUUAAUAUGUGCCGGUGGAAUUUAUGCUUCGUUUCUCACUUGGGGCGUUCUUCAAGAACGGAUAACAACCACCAACUACGGCACCGAGACCAGCCGUGAAGUGUUCAAGUACCCCGUGGUGAUGAAUACCGUGCAGUCUGCUUUUGCCGCUACGCUUGGGUAUAUCUACGUUCUCUUGACCAGGAAGCAUCCCGGCGACUUACCUGUCUACCCUUCCCGAGCGAUUGUGUACCCGCUGGCGCUGGUCGCCUGUAUGUCUGCGAUCUCAUCACCCCUGGGAUACGCCAGCCUCCAGCAUGUCGAUUAUAUCACAUUCAUCCUUGCCAAAUCAUGCAAGCUCCUACCGAUCAUGCUCCUACACGUAACGCUGUACGGAAGACGAUACCCAUUCUACAAGUACGCCGUGGUAGCGCUGGUCACGACCGGCGUCGCAAUCUUCACUCUGCAUCAGUCUUCCAGGAGCAAGAAGAAGCGUGGCGCAGGAGGCAACUCGAGCUACGGUUUGUUGUUACUAUGCGUCAACCUCCUUUUCGACGGGCUGGUGAAUAGCACGCAAGACGACAUCAAUGUGCGCUUCAAAGGGUACAAGGGCCAACAGAUGAUGUGUGCUCUUAACAUCAUGUCGACAUCCAUUACCGCCACCUACCUGUUGCUCAGCCCGUAUAUAGCACAGACUGGCAUCGGACAUUACGUUGGCAUGGACCUUGCAAAAUCCGCUGGCGAGCUGCAGGAUGCUCUUGCGUUUAUCCAGCGGCAUCCAACUGUUGGCUGGGAUAUCCUGGGCUUCGCUUUCUGCGGAGCUAUGGGACAGCUUUUCAUCUUCCGCACACUUUCCAUCUUUGGCAGUCUCCUCCUCGUCACGGUGACUGUUACGCGGAAGAUGCUUACCAUGAUCAUUUCCGUCCUAUGGUUCGGGCACAGUCUGAGCGGUAUGCAAUGGCUCGGAGUGGCUCUGGUGUUCGGCGGCAUUGGUAUUGAGGCGCAGCUUAACAAGCGCGAGAAGCAAGCGAAAGAGAAAGCGAAGCUGAAUAACGCGAAAAGGCAGACCUAG